GUCUGGAAAUGUUUUUGUCUAAAAUUUUAGGUAGGCGAGCAGAUGCUCUGUUGAUCCUGGAUUACCUGCUGCGCAGCCGUUACGUUUUGCACGAAUUUGCCACUACCUGUGUAGAAAUUCCACAUAAAAGCAACCCACUGGUAACAAUGCUGUUAGUCGCCAUAAGACGCUCAAAAUGAAAUCAAUGGAAAGAGCUGUCAUGCGGAUGCUGGCGAUGCUGAUAUGCACCCAGCUUAUACGUGGCGAUAUGGCUAAGAUGUCGAAAAAGUCGCAUGUGGAGGACUUUGAGGGCGUAACAGCGUUAUUCGAGGCCCUAACAUCGUCGCCAAACGACGGUUACACGUAUGACUGGCGUGUGCACACCUUUUCAAUAAGCAGCAACAACAUUGACGAGGAGCAUGUGAUGCACAAUUGUACGGUUUUGUAUCUGGACCAGUGCACAUCUUGGAAUAAGUGCAGACAAACUUGCCAAAAGACAGGUGCAGCCAGCUACAGGUGGUUUCAUGACGGAUGCUGCGAAUGUGUUGGUGGGCAUUGUUUGGGCUACGGCAUAAAUGAGAGCCGUUGUAGCCACUGCCCCGAACCUGGAUGUGAUAGUGAUGAUUAAAAGCAGAUUAUACAUACAUAUAUUUGUAUAUAUAUAUAUAUAGUUAUUAGUAUUAGAGUUAAGUUUAUUGUUCUGUUAAACAAGCAAAAUAAAGGGGUAUGCUGCAGGGUUUCAA